CCUAGCUGCCGUAUUGGUUGUGCAACGGCCACGCCAAGAACACUUCACUUCUUCCAUCCCUACUCUCCAGUCAUGAUGACCAUGGGAUACUUCUGGGCGCCGAGGCGGCUGUACGGGAGGAAGUGCUCGGACAGGGAACUCAACGUCAACGGUGAAAGCCUGCACGCCGGCCUGUUCAUGGACCCCGCGCCGGACGAGGUGCCCAAGGGGUACUUCGCGGUGUACGUCGGCGCGGCGGCAAGGCGGUUCGUGGUGCCGACGAGCUACCUCCGCCAGCCGGCGUUCCGGGAGCUGAUGGAGCGCGCGGCCGAGGAGUUUGGCUUCAACCAGGCCGGCGGUCUCCGCAUCCCCUGCCGGGAGGAGGAUUUCCAGGCCACGGUCGCCGCACUCGAGGUGCGGCGCCGUUGGCGACGGCCGAGGAGCGGGGGCAAGAUGAACGCGGCGGUCAAGGCUUGGUAGAUCGACAUGCUGAUUUCAGAUGUAGGAGAACACAUUUCUUUUGGUUCUUUGGUAUUGUAGAGCAGUGCAUGCUGCAGUAUAUAAAUGUUACGACAUGGUAAUCCUGUUCUGUAUGGAAUGUGAAACUAGCAUGGCAUGAAAGAAGAGAACAGAUUUUGGAAAGUCUGGAUCUGUACAUUCUUGUGACAGGCAGUCACAGGAAAAUUUAGCUAGAGAACACUUGGUUCCCUCUUCCCUGUGUGCUAGUUUUGCAAAGGCUAUAACCCGUUUCCGUUUUCCUUUUCCUCUCUUUUUGAAAACGUUAGC